AUGCCACCCGAUAUUUUUGAAAAAAAGAAAAAUGAUUUUCUUCUUUCAAUAACAGUAAAUAAUGAUGAAAUUGAAGAAUUAGAAAAGAAAACCAAAGCACAAUUCAACUCUGAUUUGUGGAUCGUGGAGCGCAAAAAGCGAAUAACCACAUCUCUGUUCGGCCAAAUAUGCAAAAUGAAGGAUUCUACGUCUUGUACUGCGACAUUAAAAAAUAUGUUAUAUUCUACAUUUACGGGAAACGAUGCUACUCGAUAUGGAACGGCACACGAGACAACCGCAAUUGCAGAUUUAGAAAUUAAAAUAAAACAAAAAGUAACACCAUGUGGUUUAUUCAUAUGUAUGGAUAAACCAUACCUUGGUGCGAGUCCAGACGACGAAAUUGAUUCGGAACCAGAAUGUUUGAGCGAUUUUCAACCAGGUGAUGAUGAAAAUAUAAGCGACAACGAAGUUCCACAACCUGAAAUUUCAUCUAACGCAAGGGAUUCAUUACCUGACAGCGAUAUAUUAAGCGAAGAGGAACAUGAAGAUGCUCAACCAUCAAGUGGUACAUAUCAUCGAGAUAAAAUAGAUUUAAGUGGUCCAAAAUCCAAAAUCCUCCAAGUAGCUCCAGAGUCAGAAGUCACAACAUCAUAUCACACCUGCCUGGUAUUGUAG